AUGAUGUGCGAUGUCGCCAACUCGCUGGAUGUGAGCAGCAACCUGUGGCCGUCUGCGCUUGACGAGAGCAAGGCCUGGGCAGGCUACUCGAAUGAGCCGAUGAAGGUGCCGCUGCCGCAAUAUGCGGAAGAGAAGCAAUCCUCGUUAGGCCUGAGUGGCCGUCCUUCGCAAGUCUUCAUUCCCAUGCCGCAGUGCCCUGAGACGGGGAGAGUCCUUCGAUUUCAGGACACUGUUGGCAUGCGGGGGUCGCCGUCGGACCAUUUUGAUGCCACGGCCGACACUCCGGGAUCUGUCGUUACCCGGGCAGGAAACAGGGUCUCCUUCCCCCCAGGAUUGGACCCGCCAGUGAACACCCCAAGUCACGGAUCCACGCUACAUGCAGAUGGGACUUGCAAACCUUGCGCAUGGUUUUGGAAACCGGGCUCUUGCCAGAACGGAAAGGACUGCAUGCACUGCCACCUGUGCCCAAAAGAUGAGCUCAAAACGAGGAAGAAAGCCAAGUCAGCCUUCAUGCGACUGGGUUUGACAACCCCGAAGCCGACUGCCGAAGAAACGGCAGCUGUCCAGCUCGCCUUGAGCAGUUUCUGCAUGUCGCCGAAGGCCAAGGAGAAGGCAGAUUGCGAGACUUCUGAACAAGGCUCUACAGCUGCAUCAACAUCGGAGCGCGAAUACUCCGAAGGAUCUGCAAGCCCUCGACUCCCACCCGGACUCCCACCCGGGCUCCCCUCAGGCCUUCAAUAUACGAAGCUGGCCAGCCAGGGAAGUGACCUCCACGGUAACUGCCGCCCCUGCGCCUGGUUCUGGAAGCCGACGGGGUGCCUGAACGGGGAGGAGUGCCGACACUGCCACAUGUGUCCACCCGGCGAGGUGAAGAGCCGGAAGAAGAACAAGCUUGCCAUGCUGCGCCUGGGUCUGGCAACGCCGACGGCUACCAAGGAGGACUCCUUCUACAUGGACUCGCCGACCCAUGCGCAGAAGAUUGGAGCCUUCAGAAAGCGCCCAGGAUCGCUGAUCUGCAGAAUUGCAUGCACAGAGCUUCGCCAAGGGUGGAGUGAUGCCGAUGGCGCUCGGCGGCUCCAGUACUGGCAGGAGAAGCGCAGCUUGAGCGGGUUGCCACUCUUCACGCACGUGUGCAACGCAGCUGCUCAAGCAGUGCCCCUCACGCUCGACGAGCGUGUAGCAGACGUCUCGUACUUGGAUUUGGACAUGCGCGAUGAGGAAGGCAUGACCCCAGGUACAGGUACUUGGCUAUGCGCACGUCGGGAUCUACACAGGGCGGUGAGUUUCCUUGAAGCAGCUGUUGCAUCAGGUGGUACAGUGCUGGUGAACUGCUUUGCUGGGAUGAACAGAUCUGGCGCGAUCCUUUUGGCCUGGCUUCUGCUACACCGGGAAGGUGACGGGACUUGUCUUGGAUUCACAGCAGAUGGUGCAACAUCCCAUCUGCGGAGCUUGGAGCCCUUUGCUCUGAACAAUCAGAGCCUACUGGAAUGUGCCUUGAGCUUGAAGGACUGCCCGCGCCCACCAUGCGGCACCCAGGAGCACUGGAUCCUGAGACUUCCAGAAAGGCCUGCUGCAGCUCCGGAAAAGCGGGUGGUCGAGGAAUUUGAAGAUUCCGAGGAUCUCAUGCCCUUGAUUUGA